AGACUGCUCUUCAUCGUUGGCUGCACUUCUGACAAUGGCAGUGCACAUUGUAUUCUUCCAGCUAUGUGUAGCUCUCAUAGCACUGCCCAUACACAUCCUGGCCUUGCUGGGCCUGUGGGAUCCCAUAGCUAAGAAAGUGCUGCCUUACCUCCUGAACAGAGUGACCAAGAACUAUAACAAAUACAUGAAAGAUCACAAGAAGGAACUGUUCAGCAACCUGAAUGAGUUCAGGGGCCCCUCUGUGGAGCUCAGAGUCCUGGAGCUGGGCUGUGGCACUGGAGCCAACUUUCAGUUCUAUCCAGAAGGAUGUCAAGUCACCUGUGUAGAUCCUAACCCUAACUUCAAGAAGUUCCUGAGCGCCAGCCUGGCGGAGAGCCAGCAUGUCCAGUUCCAGGCCUUUGUGGUGGCCCCAGGGGAGAGCAUGACCCAGAUCCAGAGUGGCUCCAUGGACGUGGUGAUCUGCACACUGGUCCUGUGCUCUGUAGACAAUGUGGAAGACAUUCUGGCGGAAGCUCAUCGGGUGCUGAGACCUGGAGGAGCGUAUUAUUUCAUAGAACACGUGAAGGCAGAUCCUUCCUCUUGGAACUAUUUUUUUCAGAUCAUUUUGGAUCCAACCUGGAAAUACAUUGGGGAUGGAUGCAAGCUAACAAAGGAAACAUGGAAGUAUCUGGAAAAAUCGAAAUUUUCAGAUGUAAAACUUAGACACAUCAUUGCUCCAUUUAAACACAGCCCUGUCAAACCCCACAUCAUCGGAUAUGCUGUGAAAUAAACUUUAAAUAUGUCA